UCUGCAUCUUUAUCUCUUCCUUCCAGCUGAAGCGAGUCGUAAUUGUUCUCACUCACUGCCCAUUUCUCAAACUCCAAACCCUUUCUCUUUCUCUCUCUCUCUCCUCCAUUGAACCUCGUGCCUACAUCACCCGCCCUUUUUUCAGCUCCUUCAAUGCCCAGAUUCUUUACCUUCACUUUCACAACAACCUAGCCAGAAUUUUUUGUUUUCGUCUUCGUUUUAUUUUCCAUCAUGAAGAGAGAACACAAACAACUCGACCCACCUGCCAAUUCGGCUUCCGACUCAGGGAAAGCGAAGAUGUGGGAGGAUGACGUGGCGGCGGCGGCGGAUGGAGGGAUGGAUGAGCUGUUGGCGGUUUUGGGUUACCACGUUAAGUCUUCAGACAUGGCGGAAGUUGCUCAGAAACUUGAACAGCUUGAAGAAGCUAUGUGUAGUGGUGAUGGGUUUUCUCAACUCGCUUCGGAUUCGGUUCAUUAUGAUCCGUCGAAUUUGUCCACGUGGCUCGAAGGGAUGCUCUCGGAGUUCAGUCCGGAUCCGGCUUCCGAUCCGUCGACGCUCACUUCCAUCGAUUUUCCGAAUCAGCAACGGAUUUUCGAAGGAGCUUGUACUUCCGAUUACGACCUCAAAGCGAUUCCCGGCAAGGCUAUGUAUAAUGACAAUACUACCCCUGCUUCUUCAUCCGUUUCCACAGCUAGAGAUCACAAACGCUUGAAGACUGAGUUGUACUCGCCCGAGUCGACUCGUCCGGUUAUCCUGGCUGAUUCACAGGAGAACGGAAUUCGACUCGUUCACACUUUAAUGGCAUGCGCGGAAGCUGUUCAGCAAAACAACCUCCCCAUCGCUGAAGCCUUCGUCAAGAAGAUUCGGUUUUUAGCGAUUUCUCAAGCUGGCGCGAUGGGGAAAGUCGCCACGUGCUUCGCAGACGCCAUUGCGGGUCGAAUCUACGGGCACUACCCGGAAAACCCCAUAGAUCAUAACUUCGCGCAGCUGCUCGAAAUGCACUUUUACGAGGCGUGCCCGUAUUUGAAAUUCGCUCAUUUUACUGCGAAUCAAGCAAUUCUUGAAGCUUUUGAAGGUAAAAAACGAGUUCAUGUUAUUGAUUUUUCUAUGAAUCAAGGGUUGCAGUGGCCGGCUUUAAUGCAGGCUCUGGCUCUGCGACCAGGCGGGGCGCCCAAAUUUCGACUCACCGGGAUUGGCCCGCCCGCCCCGGAUAAUUCGGACCAUUUGCAAGAAGUGGGGUGGAAGUUGGCCCAGUUGGCGGAAACUAUUCAAGUUCAGUUUGAAUACAGAGGUUUUGUAGCCAAAAGUUUGGCCGAUCUUGAUGCUUCCAUGUUGGAUCUUAGACCGAGUGAGGUUGACUCAGUUGCUGUCAACUCAGUGUUCGAGUUACACAGGCUCUUGGCCCGACCCGGUGCUAUUGAUAAAGUGCUUUCGGUGGUGAAAAAUGUUAAGCCGGAUAUCUUCACCAUCGUUGAGCAAGAAGCCAAUCAUAAUGGUCGGAUUUUCUUGGACCGUUUCACUGAGGCGUUGCAUUAUUAUUCCACCAUGUUUGAUUCGUUGGAGGGCUCAGUGAGUGGCCCAGAGAAGGCCAUGUCCGAGUUGUACUUGCAGAAGCAGAUUUACGACGUAGUUGCUUACGAAGGAGUUAAUCGAAUCGAGCGACACGAAAACCUGGCUCAGUGGCGAACUCGGUUAGGCUCAUCCGGAUUUCUACCGGUUCACCUCGGCUCGAACGCGUUCAAGCAAGCUAGUAUGUUGCUGGCGCUGUUCGCCGGCGGAGAAGGGUACAGAGUGGAGGAGAAUAACGGUUCCUUGAUGUUGGGUUGGUACACGAGGCCGCUCAUCGCUACCUCCGCUUGGAAACUCGCUAACAAACCGGUUCGGUUUCACUGAGUCGACUCAACUCACUGGUUGACCCGUACUCGGGGUUAAAAACAGACAAGGCUCGUGGAUUUGUCAUUCUGAGCUGGGUUCCGCUAUCAGAAUGAGACCCCCACCACUGUCUCGUUCAUUUUAUUUUCUUCAAAUUUCUUGCCUUUUUUUUAAUUUUUAAUUUUCCUUUUUUAGGUUUUCUCGUAAUUGUAGGCCUCUUAAUUUGGAUGGAAUUUUUGUAUUUCUCUAGGGUGAAAUUUAAAAAAAAGUUAAUAUUGUAUUA